GGAAAAGUAAUAGAAAUAAAAUAUAAAAAAAUAACCAGCCUACCCCAUUCUCCUUCUCGGAUUAUUGAUUAACCUUUUUUCCCAUUCUCCUUCUCAUCUCUUUCUCUUCCCUUCGCCCUAGCCGCCACUCCCGUAACCACCAUCAUCCUCAGCUUCGACCACCUAACCACCAUCCUCACAACCCUUUUUCUCCGAGCUAAGCUCCAAAUCUGAGGCACCCAUGAACCCAACCCCCGAACCAAGUGACCCCAGGUGCGAGCCCACCGCUGCGUGCCUUCGACCCAGAGCGACUUCCAUUCGCGAGCCACCACCAAGCGCAAUUCUGCACCCGUUUUACUGUAGAGCCCCGAGUGUGCACCAAGCGAGGGCCUAGAUUCCACAAGUCUAGGCGCCCCUCCCAUUGAAAAUUUAUAAAAGUUGGUUCUUUUUGGGGUAAAUUGUUGAGUUCAAUUGAGGCUUUUGUUUCAAAUAGUCCAGUUCUAUGUCAUGGUUGUUUGCUUUUCUUUUUUUCUUUUUCUCAUCAAUGGUUCGUUGGUAAGAUCUAGAACUGUGAAAGAACAUUGGCAAGUUACUUGGAUGUAGAGGUUGUGUUGUAGAUUCAAAGACCUUAUGAACCGUCUCAGCAUGUCAAAGUAGAUUUUCUUACCAAAAAAAUAAUUUUUUAUGUUAAUUUAACUUGGUACCAACUUGUGCUGAUUAUUUUGAUAAACUUUGAAGAUUUUAGCAAGCAUCUUUAGGUGUUAGGCUCUUCAAUUGCGACCCAUAAGAGAAGAGCACUUGGGUCUAAACCUUGUUUCAUGGUCCCCGCCAUUAUGUUCAUCUCAUUAGUCCUUUAGUGGGACCUUGUUAGAGUUUUGUAGACUUUUUUUUAGCUCAAAAGUAAGCUUUUUGAUCCCAGUUUUAUCUGAUUAUUUGAUAUUUGUAGUUUCCAGAAUUAUUCAGGGAAAAUGUCCUAGAAAUCCCGUCCUCCGCCAAAUUUCCAAUCGAUCAAAUCAUUGCCUGAUGAUUUUAGGUUCAUGGGUUCACCGACCUCUGAUCAAUUUGGGAAGUUUGGUGAUGCAAAGUUAGGAUACAGUAAUAUCACCUCAUCAAGUAUACCUGAAAAUAGUGAUUCAGGGGAUGUGGCUAUUGAUAAUAGUGUUGGAAGCAUUGACCAAGUGAAUGAGGAUUCACCAUAUGGUAUGAACGUAGUUUCAGUUGAAGAUAGACCAUCAAGUGGUGAUGAAGAUUCAGACCCUGUAGCUCCACCUGUGCCAUCGGUCUCUGCAUCUCACAGUGAACACAGGUGGGGUGAUACCAACUCGUAUGUUGCGAAGAAGAAGCUUCAAUCUUGGUUUCAACGCCCAAAUGGUAAAUGGGAGCUUGCAAAAAUAUUGUCAAUCUUAGGGACCGAAUCUGUCAUUGCAUUGCCUGAUGAGAAAGUUUUAAAGGUACAAACUGAAAGUUUGGUCCCAUCAAAUCUUGAUAUCCUUGAUGGUGUAGAUGACCUCAUGCAUGUAAGUAAUGAACCAUCAGUGUUGUACAAUCUCCAAUACAGAUACAAUCAAAAUAUGAUUUACACAAAAGCAAGACCAAUGUUGGUUGUUAUCAAUCCAUUUAAGAAAGUUUCUUUGUAUGGAAAUGAAUAUUUAGACGCAUAUAAGCGUAAAACAAAUGACACCCCACAUGUGUAUGCCAUUACAGACACAACAAUCCGGGAAAUGAUACGAGAUGAAGUAAAUCAGUCUAUCAUCAUAAGUUGAGUUGCCAUGGCGGAAUUUAUGGAGCUUAUGUACACAGAUAAGAAUUAUAGGAUUCGACUAUUCUUUUAAAAUUAAUUUAUGUACAGCUUGAGUAUCAUAAAUUUAAUCAUUUUUCUUUUUAAAUAUGUUAUCACCUUCUAGCCAGAUUUUACUACAAUUUCUUUUGAGGAGGAGGCAUUUGGUUUCGCAAAAUUGGAUAUGACUAACAAUAAUUCUCAUGGAUGUUUAUAUUAUUUACCAUGUGUUUCUUUUACUUGUAAUUCUAUAAUUACUCAUAGUUGAGUUGUAAUAGUAGAUUUUCAAUCCUAUAUUUUCUUCAUUAUUUGCCAUGUCAAAGCCAACUUAAUACUUGUGAAGAAUUUAAAAGAAACAUUUAAUCAAAAGAAAAAGGCUUCUUGAUUCAAUAAGAAUAAUCUUUGGAUUGUUCUGCCUUUUAAUUUGUAUUUGUUGUUAUUUCCUUAUAAUAACUCAAACAUCAUUGUUAUAUGAAGGUUACUAUUUAUUUGUUGUGCUUGGCUUAAUAUAAAUAAGUUUGUAUACAGGGUCAUUUUAUUUUUAUUUCAUUUAUUAUUAUCUACUCAUAAAAUUGCAUGUAGACUUUUCUGCAUAUUAAAAAAAAAAGUGAGUUAACUAGACAGAAAACAGAGAUGUGAUUCGGAGUAGCUUAAGAAAUUGUGUGAAUAAAGAGGUUUUAUAAUCUGUAAAGGCAAAAGUUUUUGUUUUCCAGAGUGUUGUCACAUCCCAGUAAAUUGGUUUUACCAUCAUCAUAUUCAUGUGGGCUUAUUAUUAAUUUAACAAAUUAAGCUUUUUUUCACCAUUACUUAUUCUAUACUUGUAGUUUAAAUCUUAACACAUUAAAGAAAUUAGCAUUUAGCAUUUAUUUUGUAAAGUGACCUUGCAAGUGCUUCCCACGCUUAUGAGUGAUAUAGCUUUUUUUUUAAAAGUACUGAUAUAGUUUCGUUUAGAGUAAGAUUUAUGUUAUGAUUAUGUUCCCUUGUGUUUAUUCUUAGUUUUCCACUAGUAUGAAACUCUGUUCUUAGUUGGGUUAUUGUGACUCUACAUUGCUUUGUUGGACUUUGGUUCUACUUUUCCUAGAUAGUUUCAUUUAACGUGUUAAGAUAUUAUUAUGUGGUAGUACUAAAGGAAACACUGAAGAAGUUAAUACUUACUGUUUUAUUAGUCCGAAAGUCACUCUGUAACUAUUGCACA